CAUAACAUUUCUUCUCAUUUACAUUUCUUGGUCUCAUUCUCUAUUUCGUUGGCAGCUUCUACUCUGAGGUCAAUUAAGGUUGUCAAAGAAAGGUACAAGAAGAUGGUUUAUUCUAAGCGUAGUUAUGAUCAUACGAUGGUUUGGUUAUUAGUUGGAGCAUUAACUAUUUUCCAAGUUUGCUCGGCUCAUAAUGACCUAAAGGUUAUUGAUAAUCGGUAUACCACUGCAUCCCUCUCCGUGGAUGUUUCUAAAGGGCGUCAAAUAUCUCCCGUCUUUUUUGGUAUCUUUUUCGAGGAGAUCAAUCAUGCCGGAGCUGGUGGUUUAUGGGCGGAGCUCGUUAGUAAUCGAGGAUUCGAAGCCGGAGGUCGCUACGUUCCUUCGGCAAUUAGUCCUUGGGGUAAGAUUGGAGAUGAUGAAGCAAUAUACGUAGUAACAGAACUAUCAUCAUGCUUCAAAAACAACCCCGUUGCCGUUCGUAUGGAUGUACUUUGUGACCAAAAUACUUGUCCACCGGGAGGUGUCGGACUCUAUAAUCCCGGGUAUUGGGGAAUGAAUAUCGAAGAAGGCAAGAGUUACAAAGUGGAAUUUCACGUUAAAUCAUCUGGAUCACUUGAUGGUGUUAUAUCAUUUGUUAGUGACGAUGGAACUCAAGUACUUGCCUUCCAGCGUGUUAAGGCUGAUGCUGAAAAAGUUAAGGAUUGGACAAAAAUGGAGUUCACAUUAAAAGCUAGAGGAUCAUAUAAAAAAGCUAGACUUCAAUUCACUACCAGUCAAAAAGGAACUAUUUGGCUUGAUCAAAUAUCUGCUAUGCCUAUUGACACAUACAAGGGACAUGGAUUCCGAAACGAUUUGAUGGAAAUGCUUCUCAAGCUCAAGCCUAGAUUCCUUAGAUUUCCUGGUGGGUGUUACGUUGAAGGUAAUUUUCUAACCAAUGCCUUUAGAUGGAAGGAAACUGUUGGUCCAUGGGAAGACAGGCCAGGACAUCUUGGGGAUGUUUGGAAUUAUUGGAGUGAUGAUGGACUUGGUUAUCUUGAAUAUCUUCAGCUAGCCGAAGAUCUAGAUGUUGAGCCUGUGUGGGUUGUCAACAAUGGAAUUGGUCUCAAGGAUCAAGUUGAUACCUCUUUAAUUGCCCCUUUUGUACAAGAAAUGUUGGACAGUGUCGAGUUUGCUAGAGGUAGUCCAAAUUCGACAUGGGGUUCCCUUCGUGCAAAGUUGGGACACCCAAACCCAUUUAAAUUGAAAUUUAUUGCUUUUGGAAAUGAGGGUUGUGACUUAAACAGCUACACGGGAAAUUAUCUUAAGUUUUACAAAGCCCUAAAGAAAUUAUAUCCGGACAUCAAGGUGAUCUCAAAUUGUGAUGCAACACAGAAGCCCUUAGAUCAUCCUGCCGAUAUAUAUGAUUUUCAUAGAUAUACAAAUAUUCCGGAUAUGCUUAAUCUCACCCAUCUAUUUGGGAAGGUUAAAAGGGAUCCUCUCGCACCAAAGGCUUUUGUUAGUGAAUAUGCUGUGAUAUACCCAAAAGAUCAAAUGAUGAAUGGAUCAUUUGGGGCAGCAUUAGCCGAAGCAGCUUUUUUGCUAUCAUUAGAGCAAAACAGUGACAUUGUUGAAAUGGUGAGCUACGCCCCACUAUUCGUAAACCAGAAUGACAGAACAUGGAAUCCAGACGCGAUUUUCUUCAAUACAUACAAAGUGUUUGGAAUAGCUAGUUACUGGGUUCAAACAUUUUUUAAAGAAUCAAGUGGAGCGACACUGUUAAAUAUUCAUUUCCAUAAUCACUCAAAGCCUGAGAAUACAUAUGUUUCAGCAAUAAGUUGGAGUGAUAAGUUGGAUCAGAAGAAUUAUAUAACUGUGAAGAUUGUGAACUACAACAAUGUAACGGAGAAGUUGAAGAUUUCAUUUGAUGGAAUUGAUCCUAAUUCCGUUAAAUUGUGGAAGAAAACAGUACUUACCAGUGAAAAUUUGCAAGAUGAUAAUACGUUCGACAAUCCUACAAAGGUGGUGCCAAUAUCAACUCUACUCAAAAGCGAAGUAGGAAAAGACAUUGUUCUUGAAGUCGAACCAUACUCGUUCACAGCAUUUGAUCUGAUCAAUAGCGCACAAAUUCCAAAACUCGAAGCCAACCAAACUAAUCAAGUAUAAGCAAGUGAAAUUCCAUAGCUAAUAAAGAGACUUCAUAUCUUGGAAAUAUUAUACACGAUUUGGUCACUCAGUUCUUUAGAAGUUUAGUCGUUUAGAUUUUCUUUUAAAAGUUUAUAGCUUUAUCAUCCCUUUUGGGUUGGCAAUAAUGUUAACUAUAGUUUUUCAAUUGUAAAGGAUAAUUUAUUUUUCUAAUAUAUGAAGAUAUUUCUCUUGCUUA